AUGGAACGACUUCAGCAAUCAGGACAGAGACUGUUCGAUGGCCAACACUCUGGAUAUGACAUGUUGGAAAUUCGUGAAGCGGCUCCUGGCAAGGGCGGUAAAGCCCCUUCUAGGGACUUUGUAGCCCAAAACAUCACCAAAGUUGCCAAGGCGGCAGGUCUCCAACAUAAAAAGUUGACCUCGCACUCUUUCCGGGGAGGAGCGGCCACCCACGCAAUUAGACAAGGGGUGGAUUCGGGUAAAAUUAUGCUUGCAAUUCGUUGGAAAUCCUUCCAAGGCUUUAAGAGCUAUAUUGAACCCUCUCCACUGUAA